CCUGGACGUUAGCCAACUUUGUGGAAAAAGAGAAUAAAAAUUGGCAAGCCAUUUUGUUUUUAUAAUUAAUCAAUUUGAAAGAUAGAUAAAAAGAGUAUUACGACGCUAACAUGAAGCAAGCUACUACGGUUUUCAGAAGUAUACUUCGAGAAAUGCGCCAAAUGAAUGGCAUCUAUAGGUCUGCAAAAGGACUUACAUCUACUCAAAGAACGGCAAUCGAAUCCUUAAAAACGUGGUUUCGUAACGGCUCUUCGGAUGACCUGAAAAAGUCAAAAGAGCUACUUUCCCUUAUUGACUCUGGAAAUAAACAUGAAUUAAUUUUUCAGCAAUAUCAUCCACUGGUUGGUUUGAGUGAGCUGGACAAAGCCAAGUUAGCUGCCAACAGAGUAGGCCUUGAUUUUUAACUCAGAACACGAUUCCAGACGUAUGAAUGAGAUAUAUUCAGGAAACUAGAUGAACUUUAUUUAACGAGUGUAUUUCCAUAUUUGAGUACUAGCGAAGCAGAUAAAAUCAGGCGCUUAAUUCAUGUUCGAUAUGAACGAGAAAGAACAAUUUUUCUUCCUAAGGUGCAGGUUGCAACACUGUUGAGAAAGACUUUGCGUGCUCACAUUGCUUUGCUACCUCAUCUGCAAUUAAUUCGCAUUUUAUGGACACUCCUGCAUUGCUAGUUAGAUUCAAGUUUUAUAGACACAUUUUUUCGGACAAUGAAAUUUUGUUCUGGGAUUCAUUAUGCCUCUGCUCAAAAAUGAAUGAAUUGAUCAGUUCUUCCUAAUAAACCAUACUCUUCCUCUAAUAAAUCCC